AUGGCGCGAGUGAUCACAGAUAUGAGGUUGAACAUGAGCUCAAAGUUUGAAGUUCCCUUUUGGGAAGCUAUUGGUAUCGACAUAAACACGAACUUUGGAGAUCAGAUGGCCGUUCUCCGCUUGGUUCGAGAGAUCUACAAUCCCGGAUUGCACAACUUUCUUCAAGAUGGAGGUCAUUGGAACUCAGUAUUUAAAGGUAAGAAGGCAUUUGACAUCAGAAAUAAGCUCACCGCUAGGCGAAAUGAGUUCCCAGCUUUAGUUCUCGCUCAUGUCCCAGAUCCAGCGGACCUCACCGAGCGCAUGUUCAAUAUUCUUCGAUAUUACCGCUUCACUGAUCCUACGUGGAGAGUUGUCGAUUUCAAUUAUCCUAUUACUGAUUUUGUCCCCAUGCCUGCUCCUGCAGGUGGCUUUGCUCCUGCGCCUGUUCCUGCGCCUGGUCUUCAUCCGACUAUUCCUAUUGCUCGUCUUCCUAUUAUCUCUGGUCUUCCUACUGCUGCCCGCACCCGUGCUCGGCCUCGUGCCAAUGCACCUGCCCCUCCUCCUGCUCCUUCUCCUGAUCCUGCCCGCGCUCGUCCUUGUGCCAAUGCUCCCGCCCCUCUUCCUUCUCCUGGCUCACCUUCUGGCCCUAUCCCUACCCCCACUUCUACUUCCAUUUCUCUCAUUCAGGCUGGUAUUGGUUCCCUUCCAGAUCAUUCCCCCGUGAUUGCCCCAGAAGUUCUUCGGGCUCCUAUCCCAGAUACCCCACAGCUUGGCUACUAUGAAGCCACUUGUACGGAAGCUCCAUCUCCGUCCCGCAAUCCUGGCCUAGAUGCUUUAUCACAUGCUAUUGAGCGUGUCAAUCGCAAGCGGACUAGGGAUGAGGGUGAUGAAAAAGGCGGAAUGACUUCUCCGCCACAAAAGAAGAGAUUGAUUGACACUCAGUCACCAAAGGGGAAGUCUGAUAAGACUAGCUUCACUACUCUAAGUGACUCGUCUUUGGAUGAUUCGCGACAUUUGGAUGCCGAUGGUGAUAUGCCAAUGGAAGAAAAUCACACAGCCUAUAAGGUUAAGAAUAAGUCUCUUGAACCAGAGCCUAGCGUGUGGUCUACGAUGCGAGGUUACCUUUUGGGCCGCGAACCUACUGCACAGAAACCAGACGAGGAGCUCUAG